AUGUCUGCAGAUAACACCUCCUCUGUGACAGAUUUUAUCCUCAUGGGCUUAACAGACCAGCCAGGACUGCAGAUUCCCCUCUUCUUCCUGUUCCUAGCUUUCUACGUGAUCACGGUGGUGGGGAACCUGGGCUUGAUAACCCUCAUUGGACUGAACUCUCACCUUCAUAUUCCCAUGUACUUUUUCCUCUUCAACUUAUCCUUCAUAGAUUUCAGUUACUCCACUACUCUUACCCCUAAAAUGCUAAUGGGUUUUGUCUCAAAGAAGAACAUCAUUUCCUAUUCAGGGUGUAUGACUCAGUUGUUUUUCUACUGUUUCUUUGUCAUUUCUGAAUGCUGUAUCUUGUCAGCCAUGGCAUAUGACCGCUAUGUUGCCAUCUGUAAGCCACUGUGGUACACAGUCAUGAUGUCUCCUCAGGUGUGUUUACUCCUUUUGUUGGGUGUCUAUGGAAUGGGAGUGUUUGGGGCUGUGACCCAUAUGGGAAACAUAAUAGUUCUGACCUUUUGUGCUGACAACUGUGUCAAUCAUUACAUGUGUGACAUCCUUCCACUGCUUGAGCUCUCCUGCAACAGCUCUUACAUCAAUUUGCUGGUGGUCUUUAUUGUUUUAACCAUUGUCAUUGGGGUGCCUAUUGUAACAAUUUUCUCCUCGUAUGGUUUCAUUAUUUCUAGCACUCUCCACAUUAGGUCUACCAAGGGCAAAUCCAAAGCCUUCAGUACCUGCAGUUCCCAUAUAAUAGUGGUGUCCCUUUUCUUUGGGUCAGGAGCUUUUAUGUACCUCAAACCACCUUCUACUUUACCCUCUGACCAGGGGAAAGUGUCCUCCAUAUUCUAUACUGCUGUGGUGCCCAUGUUGAACCCACUAAUCUAUAGCCUGAGGAAUAAGGAUGUCAAAUUUGCCCUGAGGAAAUCUUUGAGCAGAAAAAUGUUCUCUUGA